AAACCACAAGUUUUGACUCGGAUAGCUAUUCGCUCGCUCGGCCGUCUUUUGUUCCAAUCAGUGUACAAACGCGCGCAGAACGGGUAACACUUGUCGUGAUAAGCUCUUUGUUUUCGUGCUGUGCUGUUCUAAAUGCAGUUGUAUACGGGUAUUUUCAGUGUUAUAGCGCACUGCCGAAGAGCAAAGGCGUACUGUAAUUUCACGAAAUUCGCAGCUUAUCAGAUACAAGUAGAUAAGCGCAGCCACUCGGAUUUAGCUUAUUUUCACCAACCGGGCAAGGAGCCUUUGCAGUACAGCACCUUUGGAGCGCUGAUACAGGAAGCCGCUGCGAAGUAUGGCGAUCGAACGGCGCUCAUUUCGUCCUAUGAAAACAAGCGUUACACUUUUGCAGAGGUCAAAUAUGAAGCCGAAAAGCUUGCGGUAAAACUUCAAGGACUCGGCAUGCAACGACAGGAUGUUGUGGGUCUCUGGAUCACAAACAGCGCACAAUGGUACAUUAGUUACUUGGCUGCACAGCUGGGCGGUUACAUAACCGCUUGUAUAAAUCCGGCGCUGCAGGCGCAGGAACUCGACUACGCGCUGAAGAAGGCCAAAGUUCAUACGCUAAUAACAACGGAACGGUGCGGCAAGCAGAAUUUUUACAAGAUUUUGAAAAGUCUACUUCCUACUGCCAAUGAAGCCGGGUCUCGCUCCAUUGAAACUACGCAACUUCCGCAUUUACGACACGUCGUCAUAGAUGGCGAGUCCUCUUCGGAAGAGUUCACAAAUUGGGCUGAAUUGCUUAGUCAACCAUCUUCAACGGAAGUUAAACUUAUAGACGAGUUAAAUGAAAAUGUUCGAAAUAUUAGUCCAGAAAGCGCGAGUGCUAUACAAUUCACUUCAGGGACCACUGGUCAGCCUAAGUUAGCGGUACUCAGUAACUUCAGUUUUCUCAAUCAAGGAUAUUAUUUCGGUAGGGCCCUGAAGUUGCAUAACGGUCACAAAUCUAUAUGUAUGACAUUACCUAUGUUCCAUGUUUUCGGUUUGAGUGUUGUGAACGCUGCUGUAAAGCAUGGUGCUACAUUAGUGCUGCCCAGCCCAACGUUCGAUAGUAAGGCGGCACUGGAAAGUAUCGCCAACGAAGGUUGCAACCUCAUAUUGGGCACUCCAACGAUGUAUGUGGGUAUGCUAGAAGAGCAGAUGGUUUCGAAGCACUCGACACACACAUUAGAGUUGGGUAUUGUGGGUGGUGCGGCCUGUUCACCCGAGAUCUAUGCACAAACAAAGAAGAUAUUCAAUUUGAAAGAAUUUCUGAUUGGAUAUGGAAUGUCGGAAGGAUGUGCAGCAUUCUUCACACAAGAGGGUACUGAGAGCGUAGAGGAAGCAAGCCAAACAGUUGGACGCUUGUACGAUCACGUUGAGGCAAAAGUGAUCAACGAUAAAGGUGGGGUGGUUAAAUUCGGCGAGUUGGGGGAAUUGUGCGUUCGUGGUUAUAUGGUGAUGACCGAAUAUAAAGACGAUGCAGAAAAAACGAGGGAAACACUAGAUAAACAUGGCUGGCUCAAGACAGGUGACAAAUGUAUACUACAAUCCAACGGCGUGGCGCGCAUUGCUGGUCGUAAUAAAGAUAUGAUAAUUCGUGGUGGGGAAAACAUAUUCCCAAAGGAGAUUGAAGGAUUCCUGGACACACAUGAGGAUAUUGUAGAAUCACAGGUAAUUGGUGUACCCGACAAGCGUAUGGGCGAGGAGAUUUGCGCUUACAUACGCUUGCGCUCUGGUGCCAACACGCUCACACACGAAGAUGUGAAGAGAUUUUGCCAGGGCAAAAUAGCCCACUUCAAAGUGCCGCGCUAUGUUCGAUGCGUGGAAGAAUAUCCGAAAACAAGCUCUGGAAAAAUCAAAAAGUACGAAUUACAGGAGUGGUUUCAAAAGGAAUCGAAGAGUUAGAGCAAAGCUUUUUCACCAAUGAAACUUACAUUCCAAACUUAUUAAUUCUUGAAAAGUCUAUAUAAAAAUAAAAUUUUACAAAAUUGUGCUCACACGAA